CGCCCCUUAGAGCGAACUCUCGCGAGAGUAUGCGCUCUGCCAUCUCUCAGCUGCGGAGGCUGUCGCGGCCUAGUGCUUCCCUGAAGCGCCUCUCGAGUAGAGAUUAGACACGCAGCCAUGGCGGCGGGCCCGGGGGCUUCUCCGGUGCCGGGCUUCCUGGCCAAGCUGUGGGCCCUCGUCGAGGACAGCGGGAGCGACGACGUGAUUUCGUGGAGCAAGAAUGGGCAGAACUUUUGCAUUCUAGAUGAGCAGCGGUUCGCCAAAGAGCUGCUCCCCAAGUACUUCAAGCACAACAACCUGUCCAGCUUCAUCCGGCAGCUCAACAUCUACGGCUUCCGGAAGGUGAUUGCGCUGGAGAACGGCAUGAUGGCCUCCGACAAGAGCUGUGCCAUUGAGUUCCAGCACCCGUAUUUCAAGCGAGGCAAAGCCAACCUGCUGCCGAACAUCAAGCGGAAGGUGUCGGCAGUGAGGGCCGAAGACCUGAAGGUCCCUCCGGACGAGUUGCAGAAGGCGCUCUCUGAGGUCCAGGGGAUGCGGGAGCAGCAGAUCCACAUGGACCUUAAGCUGGCGAGUAUGAAAAGGGAAAACAAAGCUCUUUGGAAGGAAGUGGUGUCUCUGCGCCAGAAGCACAGCCAGCAGCAGCAGCUCCUGUCCAAGAUCCUUGAAUUCAUCUUGGGGUUGAUGAGAGGAAACUGCAUUCUGGGGCUGAAAAGGAAACGGCCUUUGACCGACGCUUCCGGUGCCUCUCCUUCCAAGUUCAGCCGCUCCUACGUCCGCAUUCCCGUGGAGAACCAUGAAACAGCCGCCAUUUCGGACCACAAUCCAAGCUGCGAGGACUCCAUCGUGAUCCGCGACAUCACAGACGCGCAAGACGAGGAAGAAGACGAAGAAGAGGGAGAGGGAAGUGGCGCCGGCACAGAGAACCUUCUGGCCUUGGCACACACGACAAAUGGGAAUGGAGAGGCCCCGGCGUCUCCGAGAGAAAGCAUUCCUGCUCCGGCCUGGGAGGCCUCGCCGAGCUCCGGACCGGUCCAACUCCUGGACGUCCCGUUCAAGGCCGGCGCGGUGGAGCUGCAUCAAGGUCAAGCUGCGUCCGGCGGGGAGGAUCCUGCGUCCGUGAUCGACUCCAUCUUGAACGAGAACCAAGCUGUGGCCCAGAAUGAUGCUCUGCUCGACAGGGAGGAGAUCCAGGACUUCCUGAACUGCAUCGACGCCAGCCUCGAGGAACUGCAGGCCAUGCUCUCGGGAAAGAAGCUCAGCUAUGCGCCCGAUGCCGUGGCCGACGCCAUCAGUCCGGAGCUUCCUGUGUGGGACAUGAACUUGACAGAAGUUCCAGCUGGUUUGGAAGAUGCGGAGGACUUGCCCGGGAGCCUCGGCAUGGCGGGAAUGGACGAGCUGGAGCCGCCGGGGAAGAACGACAUGCAGCUGAUUCAGUACAUGGGGAACCCCCUGCUUUCGCUGUUGGAAGACCACCCUCCGAGCGAGGCCCCGGGGGGCCCCACGGACCCUCUGGGCGGCCAGGCCGAGGCGGAGACCCCCACCCACGGGGCCGGCCUCGCGGCGGAGCCUCCCCUGGUUCCCGAAGACGGCAGCGGGGGGGAGUACCGGCUCUUCCCUCUCCUUUUUCCUAGCCCCCCGGCACCGGGCUUCAUCGACGAGACCCCCGAACCUGACGCCACAUGAAGCCCGGACGGAGACAUUUGGGACAUCGAUCCACUCAAACUUGCAAGGCCAAUGUGAGAGUUUCUGUGGCCAAAGGACUCGGAAUUUGUGGUUCUCCGGCUUCACCAAAACAGUGCAGUUCAAGACAGACUCUUGCAAGACUCUCUCUGCGCUUGCACUGAUUUUUAUUUUUAAAUAACGGGCAGAACAGCAAACUUCCAUUUAUUCUACAUAAAUAUUCUCUCGAGAGGGAAGCUGCUUGUAUAUCCUCGUUUUUGAGAACGGCGCAGUUCAAGACAGACUCUUGCAAGACUCUCUCUGCGCUUGCACUGACUUUUAUUUUUACAAAGCAGGCGGAACAGCAAACUUCCAUUUACUCUACACAAAUAUUCUCUCGAGAGGAAAGCUGCUUGUAUAUCCGUGUUUGUGAGUUUUUAUAUCCGCAUUUUUGAGUUUGUAUAUCCACAUUUGUUCCAGCUCUCUGUUCUUGAGGAACCCAAUACUCUAAAUACCGUGUGUUUAUUUUUCUCCUCCUCUGAAUGUGCCCAUUUUGUUAGGAUUGUAUGUUUUUCACCCUUUUUUGGCUCAAAACGCUUGUCACUCCUUCCCCGUUCUUGUCUCUUGAGCACAUUGCAUUUUGUUGCCUCCUCUUAGAGUAUUAUCUACCGGUGUGAACAACUUCUGUUUCCUAUGGAAAACAAAAUACACAUAUCUAUCUGUAUAUAUUUUAAACACAAUAUAAAUAUAAUGCCCAUCUGUGGAAAGUGAGGCCGAUUCUUUAGAUAGGUUUGCAGAAGCUGGUUUUUCAUGCACAUUGCAUGCCGAGUCUUCCUCUGGAGAAUAAGUCGAUGGAGAAACAAAGAAAGACUUCCUAAACUUGCCUCUGUUUUUGUGCUUUUUGUUCCCCAUAUCUGCUGCAAUUUCUGAGGUUUUCUCUUGCGGGACACAUUUCGGAAAGGGUUUUCGUAGAUCCCGGCUUGCUUGCUUUCUUUCCCAAAUCAGGACAUUAUAACUCUUGUGUUGUCGAAAGCCUUCAUGGCCAGAAUCACUGGAUUGUUGUGAGUUUUCUCACAACAAUCCCUUAUUGAUCUGGAAUAUUAUGGGAGUCGCAGUCCUCAUUUCCAGGCACUUCGGAUCUGCAUCCAUGUAGGAUAUAUUUUUUUAAUUAUUAUUAUUAUUAUUAUUAUCAUUAUCAUUAUCAAUAUUGUUAUGCGAUUUGUAGAGAUAGCAAUUUCCCAAUUUGUUUCUUAUUAUCAUUAUUAUUAUCUAUUAAAACGGACUUCCGAAGCAGAAUAUUUCCUGCAAGCUGUUCUUACAGGGAGGAAGGGAGUGAGUUCAGUCCCAUGAAGUUGAACCAGGUCUGAAAUCUAAGAACAUAAAUUAUUAUCAAUCUGGAAGGGCUUGAUAGCAGGUGGCUUUGUUCCUAUUAAACCGCCAUUCCUGCCCUGGUUUUUGCAUCUCUUGCCCACCUUUCCACUCAGUUUGGUUUCCAGCAAUGGGUGCAAUUGCAUUUCACAAUAGUUCCCGGUCACCAUUUGUCUGAAGCUGCAGCUCUUCAGGCAAAUGCAGAAGCUCAUCGGGCAGAGUUUCCUCGUCUUUGCAAAGUGUCUCAACGUCAUCUAACUUCCUGUCGCCAGACGAGAGAGAGUUGCACAAGGCAUUAAAUUCCAGAUUUGCAGAACUGGCAGGUCUUCUUGUGCGUUUCUUUCUUUCUUUCCUUCUUUCUUUCCUUCUUUCUUUCUUUCUUUCUUUCUUUCUUUCUUUCUUUCUUUCUUUCUUUCUUUCUUUCUUUCUUUCUCAGGGUCCGGCCAGUGGCCCAGGUCAAAUAACCCACCCUUGGGCCAGGAUCUUGCACCAUUAAUGAUAAAUCCUGAGACAUUUCCAUACAUAUUGUCUCAGUUUGAUUUUGAAUGCUCCUAAAAUACACACCAUGUCAUCUGCAUAUGCCUUAACAUGACAUGAUGCGAAUGAAGAAGCCAUGAAGGACAUUUGGCUUGUAAACCGUGUCAAGUAACAAUAAACAAAUCUUAAAUGCUAUUGUGCAUUUGAUGCUUGUAGUACCACCUUCACUCACUAGGUGGUAGCAUUUCCCAGUCACUACAUAGCUUUGCAUUCAAUAUAGUUAUAAUACAUUUGUAUGGUUGUAUGGUUUCCUUGCUGUGUUGGAAACCGCCCUGAGUCCCUUGACUAGAUAAGCGGUAUAUAAAUAAAGUAUUAUUAUUAUUAUUA